UAUUCUGGAAGCUGCAUACAAGUGAGGACUGUUAUCCAAAUCACCCACUUUCCUGUAGGCUGUUUCUCCCUCAUGCAGGCAUUCGCCUCAAAAGAUAUAUCAACUCCACUGAAAAUGCUUGAAAAGAAUAACUUAAAAACAUAGUUGUUUUGGAUAAAUCAUAACCUUACAGGAUGCUGUACCUCUGUAUCCCCAUCUGCAGAUUAUGGAGAUAUUCUGCUAUUUCCCAGCAGUACCACAAAGCUCCUUUGAUUAACAUUUGUAAAACUGUUCCUGACUCUUAGAUGGGAAUUGCUGCUGAAGCAUUAAUUGUAAUGAUUUUUGCUUAUUCUCCAGAUGCCUGAAACAUGGAACUUGGCAGAACUCCAGAGGAAGCGUCCUUCUGAGCUCAGAUAAGGGACGAGCCAACCUGGCAGCUGGGUUGCUGGUGCAGGCAAGAUUCAUUACAAACCUGGGGGCUUCAGCUGAGCUCAGCACACAGCUGUGCUGUGCAGGAGGGCUGUUCUCUCCUGCCCCUGUCCAGCUGAGCAUCAUCACCUGCCUGGAUAAAACAGGUCGGAUUCUGCCAGAAGAGAGCAGCCCAUGUAGAAUCACAGAACCAGUUGAGUUGGAAGGGAUGUUUAAAGGUCAGCUAGUCCAACUUCCCUGCAAUGAACAGGGACAUGUAGAGCUAGGUCAGGGUGCUCAGAGCCCCAGCCAACCUACUCUUAAAAAGGUUUAAGGCUAUUUCCCUUGUUAACUAAUGUCAGUGUCCCUCCUGAUAGCAACAAGUGCCCACCACGCAGGCUUUGGGCUUGUUUAUGAAGGGGAGGGGAAAGCAAACACGUGGGAGAAGUUGGUGGUUCGAGUUGUUCCUGGGUGGGAGCAGGGAUGUCUGCUUUACUGCUCGCAGUGGGCUCGGCGGGCGGCUGGGAGAGGGCGGAGGGGCCGAGGACUCCGUGCCGGCUCUGGGGGCAGCGGGGGCACUCUCCCAGCCCCAGGACUCUCUCUCAGCCCCGGGACCUCCGCUUCCUCUCGGCCCUCCCGGCAGCCGCAGGCGGGGAGGGAAGCAGAGGGGAGGGAGCAGCAGCGCUCCUCAUCCCACGGCUUAUUUUUUCCGGUCGGUGCUGGAGAGGGGGAGGUGGGACAGCCCUCCCCUCCUCCUUCUGCAGCACAUGGGAAGCAAAAGUUUCUCUGCUGCUGCUCCUCCUCCUCCUGGUCCCCCUCCGCCGGGUCCUCCCGGCCCGGACCCUGCCGCGGUUCACAGCUGAAGAAUGCGGCGCAGCUCGAACGGCGUUGGGCUGCGCUGCGCUCCGCCGGGCGAUGAGGAGUAAACCGCUUUUGGAGCAUCUUCCGCUUCUCCGGGGGCUGGGGAGGAGUGAAGGCGAGACUUGGAUCGAAUCUUGCAGAGAGUAACCUGAGGGAUCUGUGGAUUUCUGGAGCGAAGGAGCUGCUUGUGGGAGAAAAAAGAAUCAGAUGCUUUAGCAGCGCCAGGAAGGCAGCGCUGCAUCGCUUUGCUUCAGCCCCACCAUGGGCACGGGCAUGUGUUCGAGGAGGCAGAAGGGGCUCCUGCAGACCGGGUUUUGCCUGCUGGCAGUGGCGUGCCUGGGCUCGGGAGCUUUCCUGUACCACCACUUGCAGCAGAAGGUGAGGAGUGCCGAAGCUCUUGCCCAGAAAUACAAACAGCAGCAGGAAGCACUGUCUGCCCAGCUCCAAGUUGUGUAUGAGCACAGAUCCCGACUGGAGCGAUCCCUGCAGAAGGAGCGAGGGGAGCACAAAAAGACAAAGGAAGAUUUUUUAGUGUACAAAUUAGAAGCUCAGGAAGCUCUCAACAAGGAGAAGCAAGACUCUAUGAACAGAUAUGGGGCCCUCAGUUCCCAGCACAAGAUCUUGAAGAACCAGCAUGAAGAUGUCAAGAAGCAGCUGAUUGACCUGCAGCUGCAGCACAAUAGCUUGAAACUCGAGCACCGUAAGACACUGGAGACCCAUAGCCAGAAGUAUGCCCAACUCCAGCAGGAGAAGGAUAGUGAAGUCACAAAUUUGCAAGAUACAGUCUUUAAACUCAGAGAAGAGAGCAAACUUCUUCGCAAGGCCCACCAAGAAGUUCACUCUCAGCUACUUAAUGCCCAGACCCAAAUGGAAGAGUUCAGACAGCUCAAGGAAGCUCUGCAGAAGAUGCCAAGCUUCAAAGGAGGAGGAGGGAAGGGGCAGCAGCAGCAGCUCCAGGUGCUGAAGGAGCAGCCUCUGGAUCCAGGCAACAGCCAACUGCAGCUCACAAGGCAGAAGGCUUUUCCAGUCAAUCCAGAGCAUCGCCCUGCAGGGAGCUCGCUGGCAUCACAGCUCUCUGGGGUUCGGAAGCAGGCAGAUGGUCCUGUGCUGCAGGGCCGGAGCUUCAACAGCAACGAUGGCCUCAGGUCCCAGGUGAACGUGCCCCUCACCCACCCAGCCCCACUGCAAGAUGCCAAUUCACCACCCGAGGCUCCGCCAGCCUGGCCAGCGGGACAUGGAGAUGGUCACAUCAUCCGAUUCACCCGAACUGUGAACAGCCUGCCAAAUGGAAACCCAGACAUGGUGAUGCGCAUUCAGGUGAGCAGCCAUGAGGAAAGCCAAGCUCCUGGAUUGUUACUGUCUGAUCUGAAACAACCUUCUGCUGCUGAGAAAACCCAGGUGACAGACAACCGUCACUCAACAGGGAGCAAACCAGUGCAGAUGCAAAGCUGGAAGGACAUAGUCAGCAAAGUGAAUGCCCAGAUGGAUGAUGUGCACAGUUAUCCCAAGAGCCUUCACCUCAACCCCAGGCCUGGGCAAGAGACUCAGAAGGGCAGCUCACAGCCAUCCAGUCAGAAGAGAGGGGCAGAGAAUCAAAUAGGUGAUCAGGAAGGAGAGAAGGAAAGGACGGAUAAUGAAGAGCUUGAAAUGGAUGCAGGAAUGAUUGAGAGGGAGACCUUGCAUUCUCAGAAAGAGACUGUUGUUCAGGAGCCCGUGAUGCCAGAUGAUGCUGCAGAUCCUGCCCAGGAUCCCAAUAACCAAGGCGAGGAUGAGUUUGAGGAAGCUGAGCUGGAGAGACCUGACUUUGAAGAGAAGGUGGGAGGUUUGGAGAAGUUCAAGGAACCCAGUGCAAAAGAAGAGUCUAAGGAGAAAUCACUGAAGGAUGCUGGCAGAUCUGUCAAGCCCAAGGAGGACCUGAUGGAUGACUAUCAAGAAGAUCAGGAACAAGAAAUUGAGGACCAUGGCGGUGAGGUAGAUGACAAUGAUGACCUCGAACUUGUCCAAGGGCAGAAGAACCAUGCAGGCAUCCAGGGAACUGAUGGCAAGAAGGAUUACUACUGAGAGAUGCUGAAGAUGGAUGCAGUAGGAACGAGAGGACAGGAAGUCCUCCCAGAAACUGGAUGCUGUACUGUGCACAGCCCAGAACAAAGGCAGGAGGAGAUAGCUGCCUUGGCAGGCACUGAGCAUGGUGUUUGCAGGUAUGCAUCAUAUCUACGUGCGUGGGGCCACUGCUGCCUCUCAAUAGCAUGGAAGUGCCCUCAGACUGUCUGAAUGACUUUAUAUUGCUGCUUCUAAAAGAAGCACUUGUUGAUUUAUCAAGUCCUUGACCCUCUUGUUUUCCCCAUCCAUUCCCUAGAUUGAGAGUUCGGUUUUUUUUGCUGGCCGGGCAGGGGAGGGGUGCAGGACUACAAAAGGAGGGUGUCUGAGCUGAUCCCUGGAGUUAAUCAACUGAUGGCUAAUACAAAGGAAUCUGUCUUAUAAAA